AUGGUGCUCCACAAAAACAAAUGGGACCACAAGGCCAAAAUCAGCUAUCUCAAAAAGCACGGGCUUACGCGGCCCAAACAGGCGCCGACGGUGACUCCUAAGUGGUCCUCGAAGAAAACGGGCGAGUCGAAAUCUAUAGCGUUCUACGCAGACGAUUCGGACGACAGCGACUGGGAUUCACAAGACGAGGCGCUUCUCAACCACUUUUACCCUGAGAUCGGCGAGCAAAACAUAUCUGUGGACCAGAAGCUCAAGAUCAAGCGGCAAAUCGUCAACGGACUUCGCGAGAAGCAAAAUGAGCAGAAUGAACAAGACGCAGAAAAGGCAACGGAAGAUGACAAUGCAGAGCCAAUUGAUAGCGAAGACGAAAUGGGUGGGAUCUAUUUGGGCACGCAAGAGCCGGAAAUACAGCUUCCCGACCUCGAGACGAAACUCAGCGAGUUCAUUCUUUCGGACACAUUCAAACAGAAGAACAGAAAGCUCUUGAAAAACAAGGUUGACGACUCCUUGUUGCAGGACUAUGGCCUUGAAAGCUACAAAGAUACAGUAAAACAAACCGACUACAACGCGGCCAAGAAGAACAACGUGGAUAUUUCCAGGUUCAGCGCAAGCGACUUGGACGGAAUGCGCAUUGGCCAGAAAGAAGAAACCACAACAAACAUACGUGCUUUGAGCGAAGAAGAGAAAAGAGAGCACUUGGAACGCACAGAAAAGCUCGAGCGCCAGCGCUUGUACGACCAGAUCCGCACCAAGUUCGGCAAUAACGAAAAACGAAGCAAGGUCUUGGAAAUCAACAACAUCGACAAAGACAACGAGCGGCUGAUGCAAGCAUUAAACCAAAAGAUUUCCCAGGCACCCGAAAUUGCCCCAGAUUUAGAGCGGGACUUGCUAGACUUGGUGGGUGGGCAGGAUUUGGAUGUACCUGCACAACAGGCUCCGGACUUGGACGACCUACUUCGACAAGCCACUGCCGUUUCCAGCAGUGCAAAAAAGGAAACCGUUUCGCCACAUACGGCACAAGCACCAUCUGAUGCCGAUGCUUUCCUCGACGAAUUGUUGGGCUAA